UGAAUCAUUAAAGAAGAGCCAGUUCAUAUAGAGCUAUUCGCUCGUUAAUUCGUUCAGAGUGCGCAGUGAGUAUCGGUGUGAGAGAGAAAGUCGUUCUUAUCCGAGAACUGUAGCGAAGCAGACAUUCCUGUGGCGGGAAAGCAGGAUCUCACAUCCAUGCUGCUGUCGGUUCCGGUGAACGCGCUCGAGGAAUGCGGGCUUCACGAGCGUCGGGCUGGUGAGUGAGAGUGCAGAUCUUCUUGACAUCAUGACGGAGUUCAGUAACCUGACGUCGCUCAUGAAUAACGUGAGCGAGUUCUCCAAUCACACGGCGAGAUGCUCCUUAACCAAGACUGGCUUUCAGUUUUACUAUCUCCCCAUCGUCUACAUCCUGGUCUUCCUCACAGGCUUCAUCGGAAACAGUUUGGCCAUAUGGAUGUUCGUGUGCCACAUGAGGCCGUGGAGCAGCAUCUCCGUCUACAUGUUCAACCUGGCGCUGGCCGACUUCUGCUACGUGCUCUCGCUGCCGUUCCUCAUCUUCUACUACUUCAACAAAACCGACUGGAUAUUUGGAGACGUCCUAUGCAGACUCCAGAGGUUCAUCUUCCAUGUGAAUCUCUACGGAAGCAUCCUGUUCCUCACGUGCAUCAGCAUGCACAGAUACUCCGGCGUCGUGCAUCCGCUCAAGUCGCUCGGGAGGCUGAAAAAGAAGAACGCCGUUCGCACCGUGGCGCUCGUCUGGUUCAUAGUGGUGGUGGGCAUCUCUCCCAUCCUCUACUACUCCCGAACCGGCCCUAAGAAGGACUUAACCACGUGCUACGACACCACGACCGAAGACGAGCUGCCGGGAUACUUCAUCUACAGCAUGUGCAUGACGGUGUUCGGCUUCUGCAUCCCGUUCAUCAUCAUCUUCAGCUGCUACGGCGGCAUCGUCAAAGCCCUGAUCUGCAACGACAUGGACAACGCUCCGCUGAGGAGGAAGUCCAUAUACCUGGUCAUCAUCGUGCUCACGGUGUUCGCCGUGUCCUACCUGCCCUUCCACGUGAUGAAGAACCUGAACAUGCGAGCGAGACUGUACUUCCAGAGCCCGGACAUGUGUGUCUUUAACGACCGUGUGUAUGCCACGUACCAGGUGACCCGCGGCCUGGCCAGCCUCAACAGCUGCGUCGACCCGGUCCUGUACUUUCUGGCUGGAGACACGUUCAGACGCAGGCUGUCCAGAGCCACCAAGAAGUCCAUCAGGAAGGGAGAUCACCCGGUGCAGUCCAAGAGCGAGGAGACGGCGCUCAACAGCCAGCCGGAGUGUGUCCAGAACGGGGACGACCGGGACUGACCCUCCUUCCUUGAGACUGAUGCUUUAAAGAUGUCGAGUAUUUGAAAUCCUCGUACUGUACUCUGGUCAGUGUUACUCCUGUGUUGCUUUUAAUGUUUUCGACUAAUGUGAUUUUACUGAAUGAACAAUCACUAACUGACCGUUCCAUGUUUUAACAGACACAACGAUAUCAAGCACUGGUUUAGUUGAGCUGUUCUCAGUGAAUAAUUGUUAAGAUGCACUAUAGAUAUUUUGCCAUCAUUAAUUCUCUAGCUGUAGGUUUAAAGCAUUGUGAACUGAUGUGUAUUGUGCUGUUACUGUAAAGAUGUGUGCCCAUGAAUUAUGAAGGGACUCUUAUAGCCAUGUUUUGAAUAGACGGUAAAUCCUGUAAUGAAUUUCUCUAUAAUGUAGUAUUCAGAGCUAUAACGAGUACAGUGACUAGAUGAAAACUACAUUACCUGCUCUUUAUUAUCAGGUCUACCCAAAAUGGUGGGUUUCAGAAGAAUAGUGUUGCAUUCAUGUAUUAUUUUCUCACCUUUGUUUAAUUAUCAUGUUUAUGAAAAUGUGUAGUUUAACGGUUAGAUGUAACAAUACUCAUAAAAAGUUUGGAAUAAUUAAGAUUUUUAAAUGUUUCUGAAUGAAGUCUCUUCUGCUCACUGAGGCUGCAUUUAUUUGAUCAAAAAUACAGUAAAAACAGUAAAAUUGUGGAAUAUUAUUGCAAUUUAAAAUAGCUGUUUCCUAUGUGAAUAUAUUGUAAAAUGCUAUUUAUUCCUGUGAUCAAAGGUGAAUUUUCAGCAGCAUUACUCCAGUCUUCAGUGUCUGAGAUUUCUUUUUUUUUUUAAUUACUCCAAACUUUUACUUGGCUGUGUAAUAUGAAACAUGUUAUAUAAAUAUAUAUGUACAUAUAAAUAUUAAUUAACAUAUGUGACCCUAGACCACAAAACCUUCUUAAGUAUUGAUUGAGAUUUCUACAUCAUCUGAAGCUGAAUAAAUCAUCUCUCCAGUGAUGUGUGGUUUGUUCGGAGGACAGUAUCUGUCUGAGAUACAACUAUUAUAAAUCUGGAAUCUGAGGGAGCAAAAAAUAUUGAGAAUAAAUAUUGAGAAAAUCAUCUUUAAAGUUGUUCAAAUGAAUUCUUAGCAAUGUAUAUUACUAAUCAAACAUUACGUUUUGAUAUAUGUACAGUAGGAUAUUUUCUAAAUAUCUUCAUGAAACAUGAUCUUUACAUAAUAUCCUAAUGAGUUUUGGCAUAAAAGAAAAUUGAUCGAUUUUGACCCAUACAAUGUAUUGUUGGCUCUUGCUCCAAAUAUAAUAUACACCAGACACUUAAGACUGCUCUUUGGUCCAGGGUCACACACACACACACACACACACACACAUAUAUAUAAACAAUUAACAGAAAUAUAGAUAUCAUAAAUAAAAUGACUUACAUUAUAGCAAUGAUGAUAAUAUUUUUUUAAUGCUGUAGACAAAAAUAAAAAAUGUAGAAUUUU